AUGACUGGCCUCGGACCAUCUAUGCAACUUAUCAAUGAGGAGAAAGAAUUCAAUUCUGAUGUUUUGGACUUUUUCAAUAAGCACACUAACAGCAGAGAUGUCGGAAUGGAUUACCAUGUCAUAUCGGUCUUUGGAUCACAGUCCAGCGGAAAGUCAACAUUGUUGAAUGCUGUAUUUGGAACCAAGUUUGACACAAUGAACGCGAAGGAGAAGCGUCAACAAACCACCAAGGGUAUCUGGCUUGGUCACACAAAAGAAGUUGCUGUCACAAGCAACAAGAAAGAACCUAUCAAAGAUUUAUUUGUACUAGAUGUAGAAGGGUCUGAUGGUGCAGAGCGCGGAGAGGACCAGGAUUUUGAGCGCAAGGCUGCGCUAUUUGCGAUAGCCGUCUCUGAGAUUUUGAUUGUCAACAUGUGGGAACAACAAGUUGGGCUGUACCAAGGCAACAACAUGGCCUUGCUAAAGACUGUGUUCGAAGUCAAUUUGUCGCUUUUUGGCCACAGAAGCGAUCAUAAAGUGCUUCUACUAUUUGUUAUUCGAGAUCACGUAGGUGUUACGCCACUAACUAGUCUUCAAGAAACGCUCGAAGCUGAAUUGCAAGAGAUCUGGGCCGGUUUGACGAAACCUGAAGGCUGUGAGGACAAGACUUUAGCCGAUUUUUUUGAUCUCAAAUUCACCGCAUUGGCCCACAAGGUGCUUCAGCCGGACGCCUUUAUGGAAAACGUUGGAACAUUGGGCUCUCGGUUUGCUAACGAGAGCGAUCCGCAUGUCAGCUAUUUUAAGCCAGCGUAUCAUCAUAAUCUACCAAUUGAUGGAUGGACUAUGUACGCCAAUAAUUGUUGGAAUCAAAUUGAGACGAAUAAAGACCUCGACUUACCUACUCAACAAAUUCUUGUUGCUAAGUUCAAAACUGAAGAAAUCGCACAGCAAUCCUUUGGCGCAUUCUUAGAAAAUUACCCCAACGAAGCUUUUAGUUCAGACCAGAAACAAGAGCUUGUUGAUACACUACAGGAGCUCAAAAGUGAAUGUUUGAGAGAAUACGACACGUAUGCUUCACGGUACGCCAAGCCAGUUUACAUCGAAACGAAGAAGGGAUUGGCUAGCAAUAUCGAAGCCAAAUGUAAAGAAACUAUUUCAAAAUUCUUCGCUGGCACCAUCGAAGCUUUGGUAGCUGCUUUUGAAAGAGAUUUGCUGGAAAGAACCAAACCAACUUCAUUUGUCACAAAACUUGAAACGGCGCGUUGCGAUGCCAUUGAAAAAUUCCAAAGUUUCGUUUCUGAUUUCCUAAGGCUGGAACUGGUAUCGUCCUUAAAGGACGAAGAGGAGACAUUUCUUGCGGUCUUAGAUCAGGCCUGUACAGUUCAAAGCCAAAAACAACUGAAAACAAUCAUCACUCGUUCAGGUAAAGAAAUCAGCAACGGUAUUAAAGAAGAUAUCAUAGUUCUCCUUACACAUCCAGACAAGAAUUUGUGGGACCAUGUGAUGGACAGCUUUAAUACUAUCAUAAGUCGCACUACCCAAAGAUUCGGACUUGAGGACAACAUAUUCGAUUUCCAGGUAGGUCUUUCUCAAGCCGAAAACGAGAAGGUUUACAAGCAGAUUAGGUCAGGUGCUUGGGCAAGUCUUCAUGAAAUAGUAAAUGACUGUCUUACGGAAGACAACGUUGUUUCUAUUCUUAGAGAACGCUUUGAAAAUAAGUUUAGGUUCGACGAGAAUGACUCUCCUAGGCUAUGGAAGAACGAAGAAGAAAUUGAUACGGCUUAUAGAGUUGCUAAGGAGCAUGCGCUUGAGGUUAUUGGUGUCUUAUCUCUCGCAUCCACCGCUAAUCAUACUGAGAUCAUUCCUGAUGUUCCGGUCAAAGUCCCACACGGGCUUGACGACGAAGUCGACCUCCAAGGUGAAUUUGAAGAUGAGGAAGGUGUUUAUCAUCAAAAGAGCUUUGCUCAUAUUCUGACUGCUUCUCAGCGGGAAAAGAUCUUACGAAACUUUAAGCGCCAGUCAAACACCACAGUAAUUGAGGCCAAGAGAUCCAUUAUUCGGACAACAAGCCACAUACCGGUUUACGUGUAUGCACUAAUUGCUGUUCUCGGCUGGAACGAAUUUUUGAUGGUUAUAAGAAACCCGCUUUUUGUCACACUUCUCUUGAUCUUUGGUGUGGCCUUUUACUUCGUUCACAAGCUCAAUCUUUGGAACCCGAUUCUUGCUCUAGCCAAUUCAGCGAUAAACGAGACUAAAUCGUUAGCUAAAGACAAGCUUAAAGGUUUGCUCGACGACAACCCAUCGAAGGCCCCAACUAAAGCUGUGCCUUCGUACAACGAACAAAAAUCAAAAAGUUCAAUGGAGGAGUUUGAGAUGCAAGAUUUUCCUAACGGGUCAUCGUCAAACAAUGGUGACAGCGAGUAA